AUGGCAAUGGAAGAAAUCCUAGGAGUUGACGACUCCGACGUGAACAAUGCGGAUGAUGUUUCUCCGCUUCUUAUGCUGCCGAUGGAAAUUAUCCUUAUGGUACUUUUAAGAGCUGAUUUUGUCUCUAUCAUGAGACUGAAGGUGGUGUGCCGCAAAAUAAACGCCCUUAUUACGAAGAAUCGUUCGAGAUUGGCUAGACAAUUUGUCGAUAAAGUAAAAAUAAAAGACAAUUCUCUGGUGGUUACUCGUGGACCACCUGAUCGUGGACGUACGAGACCAACCUCAGACGAAUUAAAGGAACUAAAUUACUCUGCAGGGGAGCGUUUUUUGACGCGGUACGACUUCAGAGUCCUGGAAUCAGCGGACAUUCGAAAAGUUAAGUUUGAUUACUGUAAUAUUGAUGAGGAUGUCGCACGCGAAUGGUGUCGAUAUCUUGCUGAUAAUGAAGUCAUGUCGGAUUCCGUCAGUUUUUAUUUUUGUCAUAUGAGCACAAACUCUGUGUCCUCAAUGAUAUAUGUACUGACGCCUCUGGAUAUCGAUAUCAGUUGUGAUCCCUCAUAUCCACAUCUAAGCGCACAUGCACUUGCCUCAAACAACGUAUGUUUCCUUGAGGCAAAUACGCUAUCCCUACUCAACACAGAUAUCAAUGGAGAAGAUAUAAUAAGAGCAAAACCAGGAUUUCUUAUUUGUCGUGGAGAGCGUAGCAAUAUAACAUGUUCUCAGCUAAGAAAUUUGCUAGCGGAUUGGUUUGAAGGGAAUCGUACUAUUCGUGAGUAUAUCAUUGAGUGUAGUGAAGAGAUCGUCCUGAACGAAUUAAUCAGGGACUUGCCAAUCCGCGAGAUCCGUCCCAAUCAUUCCGGGAACAUGAGGAAGAAGAGUCUGAACGUUGAGGAUAUUGGAUGCCUCACAACGAGAACUCGAUAUAUCAUUUUGUUCUUAGGAUCUGCAUGUAUAUCGUCAAUAGCGUCAAACAUGGUUGUGCUGAACUUCACUUUGAUCUGUAUGGGUAGAGAAUUUAAUGAGACGAAUCCAAUAGAUCUGGAAAACAGAGGUCCAUACGACUAUACACAAUCCGAGAAGUCAAUAUUGAUGUGGGCGGUUGCGGUCGGUACUUUAACAGCUGCAUGGCCAUUUCACUGGUUCUACCAGAAAUAUGGAGCUCGUUACGUGUUUUUCACUGCCGGACUGAUUUCUACCGUCUCAACAGCUGUAAUGCCAUUUACGGCAGGUUACAGUUGGCUAGCGUUUAUCGUAGCUCGAUUCUUCCAGGGAGUCUCAUUUGGUGCAGAUUUUGCUGCUAUCGGUCUAAUCGUUGUUCACUGGGCUUCAUUAAAACAACAUGGAUUAUUUAUUUCUUUACUUUCUUCAUUUUCUCAAAUAUCUGUAAUAUUUACUAUGCCAAUUGCUGGUGAAUUAUGCGUAUCAUCAUUCGGCUGGCCGUCAGUGUACUAUGUCCAUGCAGCCGUUAGUGGAGUUCUGUUCGCUGCUUGGCUCUUUUACUACAGAAAUACACCCGCCAAACACCCAGCUAUGACAGAAAUUGAACUUGAAAAAAUACAACGUGGUAAAGGAGAGGUUAAGGAAAAAGAAGACACUCCCAUUAAGGCGAUUAUGACAAACCAUAUAAUGUGGUCCGUUUGGUUAUCCGCUUUUGGUGAGCUCAUGAUGUCUCAAUUCAUCGUCAUGUACGGUCCUACUUACUUAAAAGAGGUUCUUGGAUUCCGAGUAGCUGAGACAGGUUAUUUUGUUGCUAUACCUCGAGCCCUUCAUUUAGCCUUCAAAAUUAUUAGUGGAAUAGCUAGCGAUAGGAUCCAAUUUUUAUCAGAAAAAGUAAAAAUGCGAAUUUUCAACACUAUCGCUUUGAUGGUAUCUGGAUCAUUCUUUUGUGUGCUAGGAUUUUUGCCAAGAGAUUUGGCUAAUUACGCCUUAGCCUCAUUGCUUAUAAUUGAAUGCUCAACAGGAUUCAUUUGUGGUGGAUUUUACAAAUGCGCUACAUUAGUUGCAAGGCAACAUUCCCACUUUGUACUGUCACAAAUUCAAUUUAUCAAGUGCCUAUCUUUGUUUAUCGAACCAUUACUGGUGUUCCUUAUUUGUAAACACAACUCGUUGACCGAAUGGAGAGUUGUGUUCCUAUUCCAUGGAGUUCUUCUUAUUGUCGGCAACAUCAUCUUCUGUUACUUUGCAACAGAUAAACCAGCCGCAUUCACUAUACGAGAAACGAAGGAAUCAGCCGAAGAGAAAAGGUUGACGGCUGAUGAGGAAUGA